AUGAGGGAUAUUGGUCUGUAGUUCUCUUUUUUUAGUUGUAUCGUUGUGGCUCAGCUUCUGGUGGCAGCUGGAUGGCAGAGGGCGGUGGGUGGAAAUGUGUCCAGACUCAGGAACUACAUCGUGCAAUACAGCCUGUUCCCACCUCAAAUGUCUUUGCUGCGUUACCACGAAAAGAGGGUGCAGGUCCUUUUGGACCUGCGCAGCUGCGCCGUGGGUCCUGCGCGGCGCGCCUCUGGUCUGGGACAUCCCCACAAGCGUUUCCACUCCGUCGGCAUCGCUGUGGUAGUUGUGACCAGUGGGAAGAUUGGGUCUCCCAGGCAGAACCUUUUUGGGCAUCCCAGAAUCUCUGGCAUCCUGGAAAGAGAAGCGGCUGGAUCUCCCAGCACUGGGGUUGGAGCAGACUGCUGUUCGGUACUUAGGGAUUCUCUGGAGAAGAUUUUUUUGAAGGUGGGGAGUGGGCGUGGGGGAGAACCACAGUCCCUUUUAGUUACCGGGUUUAGCAAACAGAACCUUUGCGGGGGGGAGGGAUGCUUUUCAAAUUCCGUGGCAUUUCCUGGAGUGGAAUCUUCGGAAGCAACAAGUUUCGCUUUUCUGGUCUUGGUGACCCUGCGGAGGGGUCUGUGCCCUGAGACACGGCGACGGCUGAGGCCGCUAUGUGUCCCAGCAGCCCGGAGAGGGGGACCCACGCCUAGUGGGGGAAGGACGGGUCAGGUGCGGGACAGAACUGGGCGCAUCCAGACAGAACCAGGCCGGAGCAAGAAAAGAGACGCCGCAGCGCCGGUGGCCCGGCUGGCGUCGCACUGGGACCUGCCGAUGCUGUCUGCAGGAGCGCUGGCCGCCGGCUUCCAGCACAAGGACACGGAAUACUCUCACCUCACACGCGUAGCUCCUGCCUACGCCAAGAUGGGCGAGAUGAUGCUCGCCCUGUUCCGCCACCACCACUGGAGCCGCGCUGCCCUGGUCUACAGCGACGACAAACUCGAGAGAAAUUGCUACUUCACCCUCGAGGGGGUCCACGAGGUUUUUCAGGAGGAGGGUUUGCACACUUCUGCCUACAAUUUCGACGAGACCAAAGAGUUGGACCUGGACGACAUCGUGCACUACAUCCAGAGCAGUGAGCGAGUGGUUAUCAUGUGUGCCAGUGGUGACACUAUUCGGAGCAUCAUGUUGGCGGUGCACAGACAUGGCAUGACCAGUGGAGACUACGCCUUCUUCAAUAUUGAACUCUUCAACAGUUCUUCCUAUGGAGAUGGCUCAUGGAAGAGAGGAGACAAACACGACUUUGAAGCUAAGCAAGCAUACUCAUCCCUCCAAACAGUCACCCUACUGAGGACCGUGAAACCUGAGUUUGAGAAGUUUUCCAUGGAGGUGAAAAGUUCUGUUGAGAAACAAGGGCUCAAUGAGGAGGAUUACGUGAACAUGUUUGUUGAAGGGUUCCAUGAUGCCAUCCUCCUCUACGUUCUGGCUUUACACGAAGUACUCAGAGCUGGCUACAGCAAGAAGGAUGGGGGGAAAAUCAUCCAGCAGACCUGGAACAGGACCUUUGAAGGUAUUGCUGGGCAGGUGUCUAUAGAUGCCAACGGAGAUCGGUAUGGGGACUUUUCUGUGGUUGCCAUGACUGACACCGAAGCAGGCACCCAGGAAGUUAUUGGUGAUUACUUUGGAAAAGAAGGCCGGUUCAAAAUGCGAUCCAAUGUCAAAUACCCUUGGGGCCCUUUGAAACUGAGAAUAGAUGAAACCAGAAUUGCGGAGCAUACCAAUAGCUCUCCUUGCAAAUCAUGUGGCCUAGAAGAAUCAGCAGUGACAGGAAUCGUGGUAGGGGCCCUACUUGGUGCUGGUUUGCUAAUGGCCUUCUACUUUUUCAGGAAGAAAUACAGAAUAACCAUUGAGAGGCGAAAUCAGCAAGAAGAAAGGAACAUCGGGAAACAUCGGGAGCUGCGCGAAGACUCCAUCAGAUCUCACUUUUCGGUGGCUUAAAGGCCCUCACCCCUUUGUCUGCUUGAGAGAUAGUCGCAAGGAAGGACAUCAGUGGGACAGAAGGGGCGUUUGUGGAGAAUUCUUUGUUUUAAGCAGUAGUCAUUUCACUUUAAAUUUCCUUUAGAA